UUCAUUAAACCAAUUAAAGAGCUUUGCGUUUUUGUUUUGAUAUUGUUUGGGCUUGUACUUUUUAGUUACAUUCUGAUUUAAGAUACAGGAGUGUACAAAAUGAGACUUACUUUUCUUAUUCUAGAGAAGAUUAAAAUGCUUUUAUUUAAUUCGUUUAAUUAUCUUGACCAAUCGUCACUUUCGCAAAUGCAACUUUGUUUUGUUGACUGUUGAUAUUUUAUGCCCCGUUUGUUCCUCUUUUUCCGAUCUUUUCAUUCUUAUGAAAUAUUUCCAGGACUGUUUUGCGGACCGCGUGACGUGGCUUUGGAACUACAGAACGUGCGCGUGCGCGUGAGCGUGCUGGCGUCAUCGGCCGCUCGCGUUUGUUUUGUUUUGUUUUGUGCGGAGACAUGCGAGUCGACUUGCGUGCGGGGGGAAAAAAGCGCAUUCAGUUCUGUUCGUUUUGUCGGCUCCCUUCGCUAUAAUGAGCUACGGCAGGCUUCCUCUCGACAUAGAGGGCAUGACUUAGUUAAAAGUGGACAAUUUAACGUAUCGCACGUCGCCGGAGACGCUGCGGCGCGUUUUUGAAAAGUACGGCCGAGUCGGCGAUGUCUACAUUCCCAGAGACAGAUACUCGAAAGAAAGCCGGGGCUUCGCCUUCGUGCGCUUCCACGACAAGAGAGACGCGGAGGACGCGAUGGACGGAGCGAUCUUGGACGGUCGAGAGCUCCGGGUUCAGAUGGCCCGCUACGGCAGACCGCCGGACUCCUACUACAGCGGCGGGGGAGCCGCCCGGAGACACGGCCGCCGCAGCCGGAGGUAGAGCCGGAGCAGGGCCCGUCUGCUGCCCUUCACGGUAACGAGCCGUUACCAAGCGUUUGGGCUGUCGCUUUCCGUUUCAGAGAAACCGGUGACCCGUCGUAACACUAUCCGAAGAAGAAAAAAGAUAUACUUCAACUACAAUUUAGAAUAUUUGUGUUAUAUUUAUGCCUUGAGGUACUUGUUCGUAUUAAAAAGAGGUACAAGUCGAGCGUAAGUUAAAUAAAAUGAAAUACUGUUCAACAUAGAUUUAAAGGGCCGUCGUCUUAUAAAUGAAAAUGCAUGGGGUGUUUAUAGUUCUCUGUCACGCAAAGACCUCCCGAAACUUCUAGCAGGCGUAGACGAGUUACUGUUUCGAAGAGCGGGUCACCGGUUCAGCCGAGUGACUGCAGGUCUGUGUUCAAGCUCGUUUUGCCGUUCCAGAAGCAGGAGCCGCUCUCGCGCCAAGUCUCACACGCCCCCGCAAGAGGAAGUCCAAGUCUCCUUCCGGGUCUCGUUCCAGGAGCCGCACACCCGCGUCCAACCGAGACUCCGAGUCCAGGUCGAGGUCUGAAAGCCGACCCCAGUCUGCGGAGGAAGAAGGGCCUGCGUCCUAAAACGCUUCACCGGUAAGGAAACACGACGCCCGCCUCGCGCUGCCAUGGACUGGUAAAACAUUUGUGAACGGUGUUGAAGUCAAUGUGGAAUUGUUUCCUCCAAGCUGCUGAAUCCAGCACGGCAAUGUGAAAGCAGGGCUGUGUGGUGCAGGUUGAGCAGGUGGAGGGGUGUCCCGCUCCCGUCGGGGAUGCUUUGAAGCAGGUGGGUGUUUUGGUGGUGCUGAGGUACGUCUACGAGACGACGUCAAACAGAGCUUGCUGCCAGCCGCUCACUUAAAGCUGGAGAUGUGAAUAAAGGACGUCAUGGCGCAGGUGUCUAGCUGUUGAGUUUUGCUGGUUAGCUGUUAAGGUCCGGGGUUGCAGUGCUGUAGCAGCUGUGGCCAAAGUCAAGCAGCAUCCGCAGAUAUAUACGUUUUUUGGGGCGGCGUAAAUGUUGGCGUCUUACGAAGUUUGUUAACUCUUUUUUCCCCCUUGAUUUGUAAUAUUGGAGUGUCUCACAACUAUACAAUAAACUUUGUUCUGUCGCUUUA